AUGGGUUCUCACACUUCUGAAGAUUCCUUGCUCCUUAGCAAGAGAGAGAGAGAGAGGAGUUUUAAGCAGUGUGGUGAGAGUAAGAAUCAUAGAGGGAGAAUGAAGAUGAGAGAGGCAUAGACAAAUUCAAUCUUUGAUGUGGCCAAACACCUCGAAAAGAUAGUAAUUAAAUAUUACGAAGGCAAAGGAAAUUGUCAAAAUAAUUAAUUUAAAAUUUCACAUAAUAAGAAAAAUGAAAUACCUAUUCACCUUUGAAUUUAGUAUGUAAAUUAGGGUACUAGCUCAAGUUGUACUUCUCUAUUUCAAAGUGAAGUCCAAAGGAAGAACAUGCCCAGUCUACUUCAAUGUGCACUGACGUGACUCAGUCGUUGUAUGUUAAAUCACGCAAAUAUAAAAUUUAUAAAACUAGAAAAUACGAAUUUUCGGAUAUUUAGAAGUAUUUCAAAAUAAAUAGAUCAAUUAUAAUUCAAUACAAAUCCCAAAAAUAGUGGUAAUUUUCCAGGUCGAUCACAGGGAUGUAAUAUAAUAUCUGGUAAUUAUUCAGAAUUUUUCUCAAUGAGUACGAUUUUCUUACGAAUUUUAUACUAUGAAAUAAAAAGGAAAUAUAUUUAAAAUUCACAAAAAAAGAGAGGAAAUAAGGGUGCGGACGUCAGGAUGACGUCAGCGCCCGGCGAACGCGAAUCAGGCGGAAACAGAGUUCCGCCCGGCGAUUCUUACGUAGGCGAUUACAGACGACUCAAUUAAUCAAAUUAAGAUCUGUAAAAGCCGGAAGAAUCGUAAUUGAACGAAGUAUAGUUUUGUAAAUAAAAAUCAACAAAGUAUCACUAAAUGAAGCGUAAAUUAAAUUGAAAGCAGGAAAACAGAGUUCCGGCGUCGCGACGGCGAUGCGUCGACGAUGCACCGGAAUCCUGAGCGUUCGGGAGGAUCCUCGUGCAGUGUCCACGGCCUCGAAGGCUCUCCUUGGACAAAGACGACUUGGGCAAUCUCUAGAUAAAGCAGGAAAACAGAGUUCCGGCGUCGCGACGGCGACGCGUCGGCGAUGCACCGGAAUCCUGAGCGUUCGGGAGGGUCGUCGUGCAGUGUCCACGGCCUCGAAGGCUCUCCUUGGACAAAGACGACGUGGGCAAUCUCUAGAUCUUCUCGCGAAGUCUAGAGACCAAUGAAGUGGGUCGUCGAAUCGUCUCCGGCGGCUGUCACCCGGCGGAGCGGAAAAACGGCGACUUUGCGGCUCUCCGGCGGCUGUCACCCGACGGAGAGGGGCUGGAUGGAGGUGAGGCGCGUGUUAGGGAGCUUCAUCCUCAGGUCCGCGCAGCAAGAGGAGGCUCUUCAUCGCAUCUGGUACGCUCUCAGGAGGUGGCGACUGGUCUCCCGGCGGAUCGUCCUCUUCCCGACGACGGCUUGUUCGUCGAUCAAUCGGAGAUGA